CUCCAGAGAUCACUUCCAACUUGAUUUUUUUCCUCCAUUUCUGUCUAGUCCAAAUGCCUAGAGCUUGCCUAAUGCAGUGUCUGCCCUGACCCUCAGCUAAAAACCUCCUCACCAAGACCAAUGAAUCCUCUUAGAAACUGCAGACCUGGCCAAACCAGAUUGUUUAAUGCAGGAUGUGUCCCCUACAUCUGCCUUCUGCUCCUUCUGCUCAAUAAACUCUCCUGGGGAGAAACUAUGUUCUUGAUCUGUGUUAGGUUUCCCAGCAGGGGAUGGUAUCCUGGUCUGCCAUGGGGCAAAACAGGGGCUACAGAAAUGCAGGAAGGUUUUAAUAUCUUAGGAAACUCUGCCUGACUCUGCACCUUCUCCCUGGCUGCUCAUGAUCUGUUGCUUUUGAGCUGGUGAAGUCCAAAGGCAGCUUCUUCUCAUCUUAUCCUGAAGGAGUGGUGUUAAAUCCCCGUGCAUCCCAGCUGUACCACAGGCUGUGCAGGGAAGACAGCAAAGGGGAUUUUCUGCCAUCAUCUGUUCCCAAUUACGGUGGCUUCAGGGAACUUUUUGGCCAGUUUCCACCACAAUCUGUCAGCUUCCAAACCCACGCAACUGGGAGGUGGGGCCUCGUAGUGGUGGUAGUGGCCAGAGCACAGAGCAUCACCCUCAGAGGACCCGGGUGAAGGGACAGUGCAGCCACCAACCUCUGCUCCUGCUCUGCUGGGAACGGGCUGCCCCUCGGUGGAUGCGCCACGAUGACGGUGAAGAAGAGUGGAAGUGCCAAGGAGAACGUGCUGCAGAGGGUCCUGCAGCUGCCAGUGGUGAGCUCAACCUGUGAGAGCCUCCAGCGGACCUACACCAGCACCAAGGAGGCCCACCCACUGAUGGCCUCGGUGUGUGAGGUGUACGAGCGGGGCGUGCAGGGCGCUGGCGCCUUGGCCAUGUGGGGCAUGGAGCCCGUGGUGCGCAGGCUGGAGCCGCAGUUUGCUGUGGCCAACAACCUGGCUUGCCGUGGCUUGGACCACCUGGAGGAGAAGAUCCCUGCCCUGCAGUAUCCAGUUGAUAAGCUUGCGUCUGAACUGAAAGACACCAUCUCCUGCCCCCUCCAAAGUGCCAAAAGCACCAUUGGCAGCUCCAUGGAUAAGAUCAUAGAGCUGGCAGCGGAGGGCUAUGAGGCCACCAAGAGCACGGUGGAAACGACGGCAAAGUACACAAGGAAAAACUCGGUGACCCAGAUGGCAGCUGCGGGGGUCGACACAGCCCUGGGAGGGCUGGAGAAGUUGAUGGAGUACCUGCUGCCAGAGGAGGAUGAAGAAGCAGAUCAGAAGCCCAAAAAGAAACAUCAGUCAACAGCAAAGGUCUCCCAGCAGCAGGCCAGCACUGCCAGCUCUGCCAGUGCUCCCAGUGCUCCCAGUGGUUGCAGCACACCCAGUGCACCCAGCACUCCCAGUUCUCCCAGCACCCUGGGCCGGAUUGGUGCCUUGGUUAGCUCUGUCUCCCACCGUGCUUACCAGCAAACCACUCAAAGCCUCCAGCGUGCCAAAACCAAAGGGCAGGAGCUGGCCACCUGGAUCCCCAUCGUGGGCAGCCUGGCCAAGCCGAGCAUACCCACGGCACCGCCGGCCCACAGUGACGGGCAGAGCAGCACCCGGCGGCAGAGCAAGGCAGCAGAGCAGAAGCAGGAGAAGGCAGGGAAGAAAGACAACAACCACAGCAAGGCAGGGGAGGACCCUGGGCUGGUGGGCAGUGUGGCUCACAACCUGCAAAGCGCCUGCGCCUCCGGCAUCUCCACUGUGAAGAAGGUCCCAGCCGUGGCCUGGGAUGCGGCAGAGGGGUUGAUCCUCUUCACCCCCCGCAGGCUGUCCAGGGCCAUGGAAACAGUGGAUGCUCUCGGGGGGACCCUCGUCAGUGCCCCUAAGCAUCUGCUGGGCACCCUGUACAGCUUCGUGCCGCUCCGCAGGCAGUCAGUGAAGGAAGCAGAGGCACCCAAGGGCAGCAAGUCCGACCCGGAGAAGACAGAGAAGAAGGAAGAGAAGGAGGACACCAAGGCUGCUGCCCCCUCCGCUGAGGAGAAAUCCCAGCUGAGAGGUGACUGGCGGUACCGUGGCCAUCACCCCCUCUCCUUCCUGGGGCUCGAGGACCCCCUCUUCCUGCGGCACAACUACUACCGCAGCCCUGCCUUCGAGCCCGAGUACCCCUUCCCGCGGAAAUCCGCCUUCUCCCCCUACAACAGGCGGGUGAGUGAGGGCUCCUACCGCUUCAGCCCCGAGCCCAUGUACAGCCGGGCUUACUAUGGCAACCUCUACACUCCUGUCUUCAAGAAAGACUGAGCUAGUGGGGAGGACAAGCACAUCCCACCCCCCUUCUAAUCCCCCCACAGCACGCUUUGCCCAGGCCCCCUGCCAGCUGCCCACAUGCACCCCUGUACCAGGACAGGAGCUGUAAGUGGUAGACAGGCCAUAGGAUGUGCAUCAAGGUCAGGGUGAGGUAAUAAAGGCAGACAAAAGCCCUGCUGCUGGAAGGAGAAGGUAGGGGGAGGUGGGACCAGAGGGGAGCGGUGAGGUGAAGGAGGUGUAGAAAGAGUGGUGAGACCAGAAAAGAGGAAAAGGGACCAGCCAGGGCUAGCACUGGGUUACCCUGGUCCCUGCUGAGCAGAUAGCAUGGACUUAUAUGGGCUUCACAUUGAGAGAGCAGGGAGGACAGCAAAGCCAUCAAACAUCACCAUAGCAAGCCUGGUUCCCUGUCCUUCCUCCCUCCAUCUCCCUUUGCAGGGCCCAUCCCUGGCCACAGAUUGCUCCUCCAUUGAGGGCCUGAAGAUUCCCACUGACCAGCAGGAUUCAUGAGUAGGAAAGCCCAGGGCAUCUCCCUCCCAGCUGGUGGUGGGAUAGAUGGUGGGGUCAGGAAAAUGACUGCUGAAAACAGGUGGAGCUCCUGGAGCCCCUCUCCCACAGGAUCACCUGGCUUCCCACAAUGCCUUGUACUCACUGCAAUAAUAAACCUUCCUACCUGCUGCUCGCCCCA